AUGUCGACAGCUUCCGUAGCGCAUCUCGACCCGUCACGAUUCCGAUGUCUAUGCGGAUUCUGCCAUGUUGUCACAGGAACACAAGUGUGUCUGGUGUGGUACGUGGUAUGCUCGGUGUUCUCAUUGCUGUUCGGCAUGCGAUCCACAUUAACAUGGCUGAUCGUUCCGAUUUGUGUCGUCAUUCUAGGCGUCUAUGCAAUCAUUAGUAAACGGCACAAAUACCUCUAUCCAUUCCUCAUUAUUACGAUAGUUCAACAGCUGGUCUGCAUGAUGAUGGCCACUAUCAUUCUGAUCUUCUCAUUCGUCUCCUUUGACACGAUGCGUCAAAUCAUCGGUCAUUCUCUAGACUUUGAAACGCCACCGUCGACAAACAUGGCAUUGGCGGUGAUCGGUGGCACUGUGGCUGUCUGUGUGAUUCUUUCGUUUGUGCACAUAUGGCAGGCUGUUAUCAUUUAUAGGUAG